AUGCAGCAAGAUGGUAAUAUACAAGUAAAAAUAUUAAAAGAUGUAAAUCCUUAUUAUUAUAAAAAAGAAAAUCCAUACGACAAUUUAGAAUAUAAUAAAUAUGUUAUGAAUGUGAAUGAUGUUGAGGGAACGAAUAUUAUUGAUGAUAAAAAAAAGGAUUUAGGUAAAUCAAAAUAUGAUAUUUUUACGACAGAUUCUUUGUCAACUACUACAGAUGAAGUAUCUUAUAGUUAUCAAAUCGAAAAUAAAAAUGAAGAAAAAGAAUAUUUGAGAUAUUAUGAUAAACAGGGAGGUAUAAUACGACAAGAUAAUAAUAAUAAUGAAAAUAAUAAUAAUAAUAUUUGUAAUAAUGACCAUAAUAAUAAUAACAUUUGUAAUAAUGAAAAUAUGUUAACAACAAAAAAAAAUGAUAAUACAAUAAUAAAUAGUAAUAUUAAAUAUUUAAACAAUAAUAAUAUAUUUAAUACCAACAUGGUACCACAAAAAAAUCACACACAAAUAUUUAACCCCUAUGAUAAAAGUAUGAGGAAUAUUCAAUUGUAUAAUAAAGCAGUAAGCUUUUUAAAAAAUGAUGGGGACAUAAAUUCAAAAAAAAAUACCCAUGAUAAUUUAAUGUUCCUAAAAAAUAUACGAAGUAAAAGUAAUAAUAAUCUUAUUGUAAAUAGGAAAAUAACAAAUCAUGUGACAAAUAAUGUGAUAAGUGGUAUGACAAAUAAAGUGAUAGGUGGUAUGGCAAGUGGUAUGACAAAUAAUGUGACAAGUAGUAUAACAAAUAAUAUGACAAGUAGUAUGACAAAUAAUAUGGCAAGUGGUAUGACAAGUAGUAUGACAAAUAAUAUGGCAAGUGGUAUGACAAGUAGUAUAACAAAUAAUAUGACAAGUAGUAUGACAAAUAAUAUGGCAAGUGGUAUGACAAGUAGUAUAACAAAUAAUAUGACAAGUAGUAUGACAAAUAAUAUGGCAAGUAGUAUGACAAGUAGUAUGACAAAUAAUAUGACAAGUAGUAUGACAAAUAAUAUGACAAGUAGCAUGACAAAUAAUAUGCUUAAUAAUAUGAAUAGGGUUGUAACGAAUAAUAUUAUUACUAAUAUGAACAGAUCAGUUUCGGGAAGUAAAAGUAUUAACAUGAGCAAUCUGUUAAUCAUAAAUAAGAUGGAUUAUGGUAAUGACAUUUACCAUAACAACAACAACAAUAAUAAUAAUAGUAGUAGUGGUAGCAAUAUUGUCAGUGGUAAAUAUUUUGUGAAUUCUCAAAAUAGUAGCAAAAAUAAUUUCUUUACAAAAGUAGGAGAAAGCACAAUACGAUCACCAACAAACAUUUUAGAUAUUUAUAAACAGGGAAAUAUGUAUAUGCACAUCCCAAAAAAUGCAGAUUUAAUGAACAAUGUUUCUUCAUAUAGUAUAGCACAUGAAAAUUAUAUUAAAAGGGACAACACAAAUGUGACUCAUGUGUUAAAUAAUAACCACCUUGUAAAUAUAAAUAAUGUGGUAAACAACAACAAUUUGAAUAAUAACAACAAUUUGAAUAAUAACAACAAUUUGAAUAGUAACAACAAUUUGAAUAGUAACAACAAUUUGAAUAACAACAAUAAUUUAAUUAAUAACAAUAAUUUAAUUAACAAUAAUUAUGUAAGAAAUAACCAAGCUGUAAAUAACGCUCAUACAUUAAAUGCUCAUUUUAACAAAAGCGAUAAUGUGGAUAACAUGAGAAACCAUAUUCCAAACAAUGACAAUAAAAAUAUUGUAAAUAUGUUAAAUUUAAAAAAUAUGAAAAGUAUUAAUGAUUUGUCAGUUUUAAUAAAUAAAAAUAAACCUAUUCAUCAUGUAAUAAAUGGGACAGAGGUUCAACAAAAAAGAUCCUUGAGUAAUGUUCAAAAAUUAAAAACGUUGAACACUUUUCCAAAUGCCAAGGGAAGGUUUAGUUUGAUCAAUAAAAUGGCUAGCAUGCCGAAUAUGAGCACGACGAGUAGUAUGAACAUGUCAGGGUUAAACACAAGCUCGUCUGAAGGAUUAACCAACAUAAUUAAUAUGAAUAACAUAAACAGUGUGAAUAAUAUAAACAGUGUGAAUAAUAUAAACAGUGUGAAUAAUAUAAACAGUGUGAAUAAUUUAAACAGUGUGAAUAAUAUAAACAGUGUGAAUAAUAUAAACAGUGUGAAUAAUAUAAACAGUGUGAAUAACAUAAACAGUGUGAAUAAUAUAAACAGUGUGAAUAAUAUAAACAGUGUGAAUAAUUUAAACAGUGUGAAUAAUAUAAACAGUGUGAAUAAUAUAAACAAUAUAAAUUAUAUAAACAAUAUAAAUUAUGUAAAUAUGAACAAGGGUUUGAACCCUAUAAAUAAUGUAAGCAAUAUAAGCAGCCUAAAAUUGUUAAACAAUAAUAAUGAUAUAAAAAAGAAAUUUAAUACAUAUGGAAAAAGUGAGGCGUCCGAAAAUUUAAGUAAGAAUGUCAAAUACAUAAAAUAUAUUCAAGAAAAUAUUAAAUAUUUGAAUAAUCUGGAUGAUAAUAAAAGGAAGUAUUCUCUCACAAGUAUAAAUGAUGUGGGAUGUAUAAAAAAAAAAAAAAAUAUGAAUGAUUUAUUUUUAGGAAAGCAUGAUAAUAUGUUACGUACAGAUGAAAUACCAAAGAUAAAUUUAGGAAAAAAUAUAUUGAAUAAUAAUAAAAUAAUAAAUUAUAAUGAUAAUGAUAAAAGUAAUAUAAUAAAUAAUGUUAUAAAUAAGAACAUUUCUACAGAUUUGGUGAAUGAUAGAGAGGGUGAUAUGAAUAAAAUGAAUAUUCAUAAUAGAGAGAAGGAUGAAAAUAAUUAUAUAAAUAUUGGGGAUAAUAAAAUAAAGAAAAAUCAAAUUGAUGUUGUUAAUAAUAAGGUAAUGAAAUUGGAUAAUAUGGAGGAUGAAGAAGCUAUGAAUAAAUUAUCAUUAAUAUCUUUAUAUCCAAACAAUAAUCACAUUAUUAAUAAUGUGAAUAAUGUGAAUAAUGUGAAUAAUGUGAAUAAUGUAAAUAAUGUGAAUAAUGUAAAUAAUGUGAAUAAUGUAAAUAAUGUGAAUAAUGUGAAUUAUAUGAAUAAUAUGAAUAAUGUGAAUAAUGUGAAUAAUAUGAAUAAUGUGAAUAAUAUGAAUAAUGUGAAUAAUGUGAAUAGUGUGAAUAAUAUAAAAGGAAUAAAUAACAUGAACAAUAAUAAUAAUAAUAUAAACAUGAAUCGAAGUUAUAAAAUGAACAUGAAAAAAGUGUCCAAAAAAGAUAAUGGUCAAAAUGUGGUAUCGGAAAAACGAUUUAGCGAAGAAAAAUAUAAUUUUCUUAAAAAUUUAAUACGAAAUAAUAAGAAUAUGGUAAAAUUAAAAUAUCUGAAUAAAUUUUUAGGAAAAAGAAGUGGACCAUCAAUAAAAAACAAUAUGAACGAUAUGAUGGUUAAGAUGAAUAAUAACAUGAAGGAUAUUAUGCAUAUAAAGGAUGCAACUAAUAUAAACAAAAUUAAUAAUAAGUUGGUAAAUUUAAAUACGAAUAAUUGUAUUUCUUAUAAUAGUUGUAACAAAAUGAAUUAUAUACAUAAAUGUAAAAAGAAAAGAGUUUUAUGUUUAGAUACGAAACAUGGGAAAAAUGAAAUAAAACAAAAUGAGAAAUUAAUUUAUACAAAUUACGAAAUAAAAAUGUUUUUGUUAAAUACGAUUAAAGCAAUAGGUAUAGUUUUUAAGAAAUGGAAAUUUAAAAAUUUCGGAUUAUAUUUUUGGUAUCAUAUUAAAUGUAUAGAAAAUGAAAGAGAUUUAAAUUUUUAUAUUAAAAUAUUUAAUUUUUUGUUUGAAAUCAUAACAGGGAAAAAUAUAUAUUACCAAAUAAAUGACAUUCAUAACAUUGUUGCAUUAUUUAAAGAAUUUAAAAUAUAUGAUUGUAAGCAUGUUCUUAAAAAAAGUAUUAAAGUUUUAAAUAAAUAUGCAAAAAAAAAUUCAAAGGAAUUCUCACUUUUUGAAAAUAAUCAACAUGUAGUAUUAGACAUCAAUAAACAUAUGUUAUUUAAUGAUGAUGAAAAAAAAUUAACAACUUGUAAUAUAAAACAAAAUGAACAAGAACAAAUUAAAACCAAAGUUCUUUAUGAUCAUGAUAAUAUAAAUGUAGACACGAAACAAAAUUAUCAAAAAAUAAUAACAAAUAAAAAUAAUCAUCCAAAGGAUAAUUUUUAUUCAUAUCUAUAUGAUUCCUUACAAGGAAAAAAUCAUAUCUUUCAACAACCAGGCGUACAAAAUAUGCAUAUAUAUAAUAUGUUUGCACAAUUUAAUGAAUUAAAUUUUAAUGAUAUGUUUAACUUUUCAAUAACCUAA